CGGAGGGGCGGUGCUGCGGCCGUCGGACGCUGCGGAGCGGCGGCACGGCACGGGACGAGGCCACCAUGGGCCGGACGCUCGUGGAGCUGUUUUACGAUGUGAUCUCCCCGUACUCGUGGCUGGCGUUUGAGGCUCUCUGCCGGUACCGGCACAUCUGGAAUAUUGAGCUGCGCUUCCGUCCAGCUUUCCUCGGUGGCAUAAUGCAACAAACUGGUAACAAGCCACCAGCAAUGUUACCAAAGCGAGGGGAAUACUUGCUGAAGGAUAUGAAAAGGAUGGCAAAGUACUACCAGGUGCCUUUACGUAUGACCCCAGACAUCAUGCAGCACAUCAUGGGCACUGGCAGCCUGACGGCCAUGCGCUUUAUCACAGCCAUUGACAUGACAAACCCACAGUACCUGGAGCCCUUAUCCAGGCAGUUCUGGAUGCGCUUUUGGUCACAGCAUGAAGACAUCAGUCAGCCAGAGAACAUAUUGACUAUUGCCCGACAGGCUGGGCUCUCAGCAGAGCUCUCCCAGAAGGCACUUGAAAUGGCUUCAUCCCCUCCAGUGAAGGACCGACUGAAAGACACAACAACUGAAGCACUGAAACAUGGGGCAUUUGGGAUGCCUGCUGUUGUGGCACAUUAUGAUGGGAAACCUCAUCUGUUUUUUGGCUCUGAUCGUUUAGAGCUGCUAGGCAGCGUUAUAGGUGAGAAGUGGCUGGGACCAGUUCCAAGCCCUCAGCUGUGAAAAGCCCUGGGGAAGUAUAUAGGAAGGAAAAUAUAUAUGUCAGUCUUCAGUGGUUAUCUGAAUGUAUUCAAUUUUAUGGAGAGAUGCCUUUCUCAUCCUUAAUAGUUAACUUUACUGCUUGAUCUCAUCUGUAAUUUUGAAAAAUAUCAAGGUUUGCCAGUAUUACCAGCCUGGUGAGGUAUUUACCAAUACAAAUGUGCUUCCUUUCUUUCAACAGAUCAAAGAUUAACAUUAAAGAUUUAACUUCUUGCAGAGUGAACAUUCUUCCCUGGUUGGUUUUCUUUCCUUUACCCUGAACACAUGAGGAUUA